GAACAUUAUGUGAUAUUUUCUGAAUCCUCGUAUUCGCUUUUCUCAUCAUCUUCGCAUUUGCGAUGCCGAACAUACAAAGGACGCGAGAAUCUUUCUGUUUACAUCAAGAACGACGUCUUUGCCGUUCGGCAACAAUGUUAAUACUGUUGCUGUUAUCUCUGGGUGACAUACCAUCUGCAAAUGGAUCUUGCGAGUUUCCAGCUGCGUGGACCGGAGAAUGGUAUCAACAUGGACAAUCGGUAUCAAUUACCGUAAAUGCAACGGUUCUAGGUGAGAGGACGUGCGUGAAACGAACAGAACACUCGUACAUCGUUUACGAUAAUAAUUGCUAUCAUUGUAUAAUUGUUAACGAUCGACACGAGAAUGUGAUUCAAUUUCGUGAAGGAUACUGCCAUGUGCAACAAGCCACUUUGGAUGAAAUGUGUACGAGCAUCAAGUCCGACGACACUUUAUAUUCAAUGUUUCGUGUAAAUUCUAAACCAAUACCCUGCCCCUUUAGUGGGUCCUCGUUUACGUUUACCUAUGACAAGGGUUUUGGUGAAUGUGCUGCACCAAUUAGUCUUGGUGAAAAAUGUACUGACGAAAGUAAAUUACUUCUCAAGUAUCAAGCUUGCCCGGAUAUCAAACGGAGCGAGAGUAACACGGAAGAAUUACAAUGUCUUGCGAUAUGGAACGAUGGUCGUAACAAGUAUCUCAUAGGAACAUUAACAGGAAGGAGCAUCUCGGGUGCUGAAAAAACAUAUAGAUGUUUUCUAUACGAAGAGAAAACGCAUCAUCAGGGGAAAGUGGUUUACUUACUUGCUCAGUCUGGUGAGCCAAAUUGUAAUGGCCUAACUACUGUUUCUGAGGGAUCACCAACUAUAAAGCUUACAAAAGUCGACAAGGAGCACAACCGAUGCAGAUAUCCUUCGUGGAUUACUGAACAUCAUGACUGGCAUUCCUUAGAUGGUACUAAAGUUUAUCAUUUUACAAAUAAAAAUGCAACGCUCAAAGUUAAAGUACAAAACGCCGAUGGAGAUACGUUUCACGAGGAAAAGAUUAUUUGCCACAGUCUAGAGAAAUUACAUGUGUCAGAAAAUACACAGGGACACAAAACAAAGUUGAUCGCUCACUUUACUAGCGGGUGUGAUAUUGGCUAUGUUUGCAUGAUAUUUUACAAAAGGGAUCAUCAUAUUAUAGAGCUACAGCAAUCGAAUCAAAAGACUAUUAUGCCAGAUGAGGCAUGUUCUCUCACAGAUACGUCUACAAUGGCGUAUACUACUUUAAUAAGCUCUUCGUUACGCCAGAGAAAGUGUCCUAAUCCUGGGCGAUACGUUGUUCUGGGAUUCGCACCGUUUAGUGUAUCAAGUACUUCACUUCAACGACAGCGUCGUAGCGAAAGACGCUCUUCUAGAAUAACUAAAAGAAGGACGUGGCAGGACGAUAUGUCCCAAAAGGAAUCACACGAGCUGCAACGUCAACAUCAACAACAACAUCACCUUCAUCACCAUCAUCAUCAUCAACGUGGUGGAGAACAGCAUCAACAGCAACAAGAGCAACAAAGAGAUGAUUGCAAGAGUACUAGUGUUCAAAUAAGUUGUGCUUCAUCGGAUGAGACUGAAAUUGUUAUUGGAAAAACAUGUGACACGGAAGAAGCAACGUAUUAUUGUCAUGGCAGUUGGCAAGAAAAAAAUACCUGGUACACGAUUGUAUCGUUAAAAACGAACCAAGCUUCUUCAAGUUUCGGACAAACAUUUUGUUUUUCUAUGCGACUUGACAGUAGUAUACAGAAAUCAGCUAUAGUCGGAAAAACGCUUAAAACGAAACUUCCUGAACAGGAACUUUGGUUCGCCAAAUUGGAUCGUGUCUGUCGGAGUGAACAAAUUGAAGACGAACGAUCCUACACACUUGUUAAUCAAGGAGUUUGCGAAGACAUGGAAAAAGCAUAUUCCAGUUUAGCGUCACUUUUUUCCAAGUCAAGAAUUUUAUUUAUCGCAAUCAUGGGAAAUUGUAUUGCGUAUAUAUUUUUACUGAGGUGAUAUGCCAAUACUACGUAAACUGAAGUCGAUGCUUCUAGUAAAGCCGAUUUUCCAUUC